AUGACGAUGCAACUUGUCUUUGCAAGAAUGCACCUCGGUUCGCUAUUUCAAGCUCGUCAGAAAUCCGUAUCACAGAGCCCGGGGACUACGGAUCAUGCGUCCAUUAUGUAGCUGUCUCUUAUCGAUGGCGCCGUCCAGAUCCCAAGGGUGGCCGUUACAAUAUUAUAUCCGACUCCUUGUCGCGCGAGAAGAACACCGCACCAGAUGAGGUCCUUGACCGUGCUAUUCAUUUUGCUGCACAUUGCAAAGUUCCUUUUGUGUGGAUCGAUCAGGAAUGCGUAAGAUAAAACGAACAGGAAGAGAAAGAGACGGCAAUACAGUCGAUGGAUCUGGUUUAUCAGCAUGCUGUGGCCUCAAUUAGAUUAUUGGAUGUGACUAUCACUACCCAAGAAGAUAUGGACAUACUGGACAGCAUGCUGCGCCUUGAUGAGCUCAGUGCUCAGCAGUUUGUUGGAAGUCUUAACCUCCUGGAAAGACUCGUAAGAGACGAAUGGAUGUCUCGGGCUUGGGUAUAUCAGGAAGUGGCUGCUGCCGGCUCACGUAUGGUUCUUUUGUUGAAGUGUGAUCCAGCUUUACACCGUGCCUUUCGAGACAGAGGAGAUCAUUUGACCAACAGCCUGAAUAUUCUUGGCGAAUAUGACAUCCUGCCUGGAGAACUGAUCCGUGCAAUCAGAUAUCUGGAGAAUUGGCCGAUAAUCAGCGGUCACUCCGUCUCUAAGCAAGUUCAGUCGCGUCUAGACAAAGCCUCAAGCUUUAUCAAAUCUACUUUGAGUGGAGAUAGUCCCCUGUUCGGGCGCCUGAUCGGACAUUUUCAAGAGCCAAUGCCAUGGGAGGAACAAAAACGAGCUAUACGCGAUCCACAAUAUCGGCCAUUGGUUUCCGUUGUCGAAGCUCUCCAGGGGCUUGAGGGUCGCUCUAACUCGAGAAUUCCUGACAGGAUUACUAUUCUUGGCAAUUUGUGCACAUAUGGAAAACGAUUGAAUACCCAAUCCAUUCAGAACGUCGGGAGUGUUGGGUUCUAUGAGCACAAAUGUUUUUGCGCUUGCUCUCCUUAA